AUCAUGUGCUUGAAGCGAAUCACUGGGUCAAGUUAUUUCUCAACCUAUUGUUGUCUUACUCAAGUUAGGCCUACUACCUUAUUUGGGGACGGUAGUGUUUACGUACGUGGUGUCCGGUUUGAACAUCAUAUAGGUUGUGGUGUCAUUCUGUAAAGAUGUCUGCGGGCGUUUGGACUCUCGUUUUAUCAUUAGUGGCAGGUGUGAGCUGUGAUAUAUAUUUACACAACCCAAGGGGAAGUAACAAUCGACUAGAUGAGGAAACAAGGAACAGAGCAAAUGAUAACAGAAUGUUUGACUCCCAAAACAACAACCGUGGUGGUAACAAUGUCGGUUCCCUGUAUUACUACGCUGGAUCCAUUCUCCAGAUCGAGUGGACAAACCAGCAUUCCUGUGCCAGUCCACACAGCCACUGUGAGUUAGUGAUCCAAUACAUGUGUCACAACCUGGUCAGAGAUGGCGCCACCACAAA